CCUAAAGUUUGUGGAAAUCUUUCCUUGCCAAAGAAACAUGCUUUCAAUUUUUUUGUUAUUCUGACAUUGAAGGUAAAACUGGGUACAUUAAAAGCGUUUGUUGGGAAACCGAACCCAAAUCAAUUGGAUCUUGCCAAUCACAGCAAUCGCAGCUUAGCUCGGUGAACCAAUCACAACUCAAAGUAGACAUGCAGUCAGCGCCAAGCGCCGGAAAAGGUAAAACCAGGGCGAAGCGUGGGAAAACGGGCAACCGCUGCUAAGCACGGGAAAACGCAGACAAGUUUAAAAAUUUUGCCCGGAUUGGUUGAAAAAAAAAUUUUUUUGCCCUGAUUGGUUAGAGUGAAAAAAAGAAGAGAAAAACAUAUUCACGCUGAACAAUUGAUACAGGUCAGUUUAACAAGUGAAUAAUAAUAGGGUUCUCUUUUAGGAUCCUCAGCUUGCAACAGACUCUGGCCCUCGACUGAAAGGUGACAAAGAGUUAAAACCUGUUUCAUUCCGAGUACGAGAAGCUGCUGAAGGAUUGCUUACGGUCAUCAUGGAACACUUGGGCGCUUUUCCUUCACCGUGCGGUCCAGCGGCUUUGUCUUCUCUUUUGGAUGAAGAAUGGGUUCUGAAUCAUGUUCAGUCAAAUGAUUCCCCCACAAAGACACGUCGUAGGUUCCAAUACUUUGCGAUCCAAGACAGCAGUACUAUCAUGGGAUUGCUGGAAGAAUCUCUCAAAGCCAAAGACCCACUACCGACCUUAUCAUCGGUUGUGCGUGGACCAGCAGGUCGUUACGUGUGGACUAUGCAGUUGAGACAGUUCUCACGAGAGAAAAAUGACUUGAUUGAAGCCCACCUGAAGGACCCAGGCCGUCCGUCCCCAGACAAGACUCAGCCACGCCCACCCCCGAACAUAAAACGUAGGGCCUUUCCUGAGGCUGUGGAUGCAGUGCCUCUUACUAAGGCAGACCGUAGUAUACCAGAACUAGAUGAAAUUCUGGACGCCAAACUCAGUGAAGUGCAAGACCAUAUGCGGACACUGAUGCAGAAACAGAUGGAACAUGAAACAGUGGCUCAGACCAAGUUGGAUGAAGAGAAAGCCCGCGUCCAGUUCCCGGAUAAAGAGACGGAAAUAAGACCACCCCGGCCUUGCCAGGACUUUAAUCCGUCUCGUUUGAUGCUGUCCCACUUUGGUUUACUGACUAUUGAAGGACUGAAGGGGAACCCAGUGCGGCCAUUUGAAGAGGCCAGUCUGUUGGCCUUAAAUUCCACUUCAGAGGGACUCUCAAAAGCCCUCAGGGAACUGGAUCAGGUGGCGACGCGAACACAGGACACAGUAUUGGUAUUCUACGUGAAGUCAGAGCAGGGAGACCCGCAUGAAAUAAUUGAGAAUCAGAUCAAUUCCUGCAAGCAUGCCAAAGCGUUCAAAGAGUUUUUACUCUCGCUUGGGUGGCCAGUUGACGUAGCCUCGCACCCAGGUUGGACAGGAAACGUCCAAGAGGCCUGGAACCGAGGCAAGAAUGAUGACGACACUGUCACGCUGCGUGCAUGUGACAGUCCUCUCCAGUCCUCUCGCAGCAUGUCGACCCUCACAGGCAGCGAGGAACGAGUCGUGUCUGGGAUCGAAAACGAUGGCUUUCAUGAUGCUUCUGCAUCCCGUCAAGAGAGUCUUGAUAGCGAAGCAUCGAGGUCUGGAAAGAAUUCUCCGGCCUUGGGCUCCUCCGCUACUCAUCCCCCGACAGAAAAAACGGUCGUGGAUGAAAUUUUCUAUUACGCAGACGUCAGCUGUGAAGUUGCCUUCAUUAUGCCCUCAAUGCUUCCGCGGUAUCAGCGCUUCCGGCGCAUGACGUCACAUAGUGAAAGCUGCGACGAGGAUCUCGGGUUUGUUCGGCGACGAAGAACUCGGUCGGGCAGCACAGGAAGCCUGGAAACGACUAGCAGUGGUAGUGGAAGUCAGUUAGAUAUCAAAAGCAAGCUAUCCCGUCAGGCCUCGGAAGGAACGACUGUUUACGAGUUUCAGACCCGUACCAUGUCCUUAGACAGUCGACCGCUGUCCAGGCUCAGCACGCACAACACAUCAUCGGAGACGAACGUGCUGGUGGCCUGGCUCGAGCGGUUUGAGGAUCAUGCGCAGUUCCCAAUAGAUGAGCUGUUGAUGGAGUUUGAUGUCAGUCGCAGUCAAUCAGCACGCAGCUUGCUUGAGAGAGAAACUGUGGUUAUCUUUAUUCAUCAUCUGACGAGCGGUUUGUACCGCAUCCAUAUUAGGUCCACCAUCAGGUAUGUAACACAUUUGACUGAUUUGUCGACGGACAAAGAUAUCGAUGGCGUUGACCUGGCUGAAGAGGUGGGGAGGGAAAGUGGUAGCGCAGGAGGCGAGGCCCGAGAUAUAAUUCGAAAUAUGGGGCUAUCUCGAACCAGCCUUUUACAGCAGGAGACUUGACUUGGAAAAAAUGUGAAGGCCUCGUUAACUCGGAAAUUACUUCAGCCCUGGCCCAGUAGAAGCUAGAAGACUGAAACGUGAAUCCUUUGUACGAAAAAAGAUGGCAACUGGUACA